CUCUCGGCCACUUUGAGAUAGAGUCCAAGCCUCCUUGGGCACCAGUGCCGUCGUCUGUCCGUCUUUCUGGCUGUGGUCGUCCGUAGUGGAAAAAUGCUGUCGAAAUUAGUUAAGUCGAUGCUCGUUCCGAGCCAAGCCAAUAUGUACAGUGCUUGGCCAGGCGCCCGACGAACUGCCACUCUCAUGUGGUCUGACUUCUGGGAGUUGUCAAUGAGGCUUUUGUCACCAUUCAUGACAUCCUCAGUUCGUAAUAUAACUGAAGGGAAGACAGCAACUUUUGAAACUCGUCCUUAUAAACUUCAUAAGCUUGAUGAAGCACCCAGUGCCAGUUCUUCAUGCACCCGUGAAGAAGCUCUGCUUUAUUACAAACAAAUGCAGAUGAUUAGACGACUUGAGUCAGCUUCUGGAAAUCUUUAUAAGGAAAAGGCCAUUCGUGGAUUUUGUCACCUGUACAGUGGUCAAGAAGCUAUUUGUGUUGGAAUUAAAGCUGCUCUUAGACCAGUAGAUUCGGUAAUCACAGCAUACCGAGACCAUGGUUGGGCCUAUGUCAUGGGUUGCUCAGUUUUAAGUAUACUAGCUGAACUGACUGGUAGGACACAAGGUAUGGUCCGUGGCAAGGGAGGCUCUAUGCAUAUGUAUACCAAAAACUUCUAUGGAGGGAAUGGUAUUGUUGGAGCUCAAGUUCCUGUUGGUGCAGGUGUGGCUCUAGCAAAUAAGUAUCUGGAGAAUGGGGGCAUUUGUGUUGCUCUCUAUGGUGAUGGUGCUGCUAAUCAGGGACAAGUAUUUGAAGCCUAUAACAUCGCUAAACUAAUGAACCUCCCAAGUGUUUUCAUAUGUGAAAACAAUGGUUAUGGUAUGGGAACAAGUAUUGACCGUGCAUCUGCAUCUACAUCUUAUUAUACUCGUGGAGAUUAUGUUCCAGGAAUAUGGAUACUCCGGGCUAUCCUGUGCUGUCUGCUGGUCGAGGUCACAGAGAUACCAACCUCAACAAAGACCACAACCCAACAACAACAACCAAGGACCACAACUCAACACCCAAGGACUACAACCCCACAACAACACAACAACAAACAAAGAACACAACCACAACAAAAGAAACAACAACAAAGGAAUGCAACCACAACACAGACCACUGCACAAUCACUCAAAAGACCACUACACAAAAAUAAACAACACACCCACUAACAACACCAAGAAAUCACAACAACACAGGUAUAACAACUCUAAGCAAACAACAUCAAACUUAGCAACAACUAAACAACAACAAAACAAAACACAAAACUCAACCAAUUUCCAAUGCCUUCAAUAGACUCCUCCAACACUACUGUCUGUCACCAGCUCUCACCAAAGACUGACUGAAAACUUGCCAAAAAAAACUGAAAACACAGAACUCUAACAAUCAACAGCACCAACAGACAACCCAGAACUCUCCAACAGCCAAUCCAAUCGUUAACCAUCCAACCACCAAUUACUCUCUCUCUCUCUCUCUCUCUCUCUCUCUCUCUCUCUCUCUCUCUCACACAGACGUCGUCAAAUGGAACUCCAUAACUCCUCCAUAAUUUAACCUGUUUGUUAGUAGUAUAUGAAUACAGUGCCAGAAAUAAUUGUGUGCCAUUUAAGAAAAAUGUUAACCCUAUAUACAACCCUAUAUACCUAUAGAAAGAAAAUCUUUGAUGUAUUUUCAUUUGUUCUUUGAAGGAAAUGUUAUUUACUUCAGGCUAUAUCCAUGUACCUAUUUGAUUUUGUCAUUGUUGUCUAGAAUUGAGCAAAUUAAAUAUUAAACUGCUUGAAUACCAAGUAAUGUGGGCAGCAGAAAGUAGCCCCAGCAUAGAAGAACAGCAGUACAGUAAUCCCUCACCUAUCGCUAUUAAUGGGGACCAGAACCAACCGUGAUAAGUGAAAAGCCGCGAAGUAGGGUCCCCCCUAUUUUUUAAAUGCGUAGUACGUAUACGUAAAUUUUUUUAUGUACAUGUAUACAUGUAUAUGUAAAUAAUAACUGUAUAUUCUUAUAACAAGAUACAUAACUCACCUCUAUCAAUGAUGAUGAUCUUGAUAAAUGACGAUGAAACACCUGUGCAGUAUGAUGGAGGUGAAGAUCAAGAUUAUUUAUACUGCACAGGUUAAUGAGAGCUUUACUGCUCCUCAGGUGACGCCUCAUCGUCAGUUGUUAGAGGCGGGGGAUCACCGACGGCAGCUUCCGAUAGAGCUGGAGAAACAGCAGGAGGCAACGUAGUGUCUCGGUAGGAAGCCGGAGAGGCAGCAGGAGUAGUAUCCGACACUUCUGCAGGAGGUUUUCGGCGCACCAGGAACAUCGUGAUGGGAAGUUGUUGACGUUUUUUCAUCUGAGCAAAGAUGCCCUUGUACAACGCCAUAACACCGUCAAUACGGUUACUGAAUUCGAUGGCUGUGACCAUGUUGUCAUCGAUUUCUUGCGCCCUUUGUUGCAUAGCCCGUGCCAUGUUGCAGAGCUCUUGCAGGUUUUCCAAUGUAAGGCCACGUUGCUCAGGUUCGUCGUCGUCGGCUGCCUCUUCUUCCUCACUCGCCGAUCUUGUCAUUUUGACGAGGUCCUCGUCGGUUAGGGGCUCCGAGUGGCACUCGAUCAGUGAGUUGACGUCUUCCGCCGUCAUGUCGGAGAAACCUUCGUCGGCUACCAACUGCGCCAGCCUCACAGCCUUAUCUACGGCGGAGUGAUGAAGUUCGUCUGGUGGUAAAUCCCUCAUAGUCAUGAACGACAUCUGGCCACAACUUUCUCCAACUUGCAUUCAGUAUUUGCUGUUUCAUCGCCUUAAGAGCGUUCUGAAUGUUGGCCAGGCACGUCGCAAUGUUGUACUCUCGCCAAUAUUUCUUGAGACUGAAGUCAUCGUCGCCUUCGUCGAUGGAGGAGAUGAGAGAUGAGGCCCUCCAUCGUGGACCUCGUGUAGAGGGCCUUGAAGGCCCGAAUGACCCCCUGAUCCAUUGGUUGUGUGAGGGAAGUGGUGUUGGGGGGCAGGAACUCCACUUGGAUCCCGUCGUAAUGCAGGUCCGUUGCAUGUCCUCCUGCACAGUCCAUCAAGAGGAGGACCUUAAAGGGCAGCCCAUUUUCCGGAAGGUACAACUUCACCUGCGGGAUAAAGCAGUUCACGAACCAGUCGAGUGUGAGGGCUUUAGUUAUCCAUGCCUUCUUAUUACUCAUCCAGUAGAUGGGCAGCAAGGCUUUGUUUUUGUUUUUCAAAGCACGAGGAUUCAGUGACUUGUAAAUGAAGCCGGGCUUGAGCAUGAAGCCCGCAGCAUUCCUGCACAUGAGCAGAGUGACUCUAUCUUUGUGGGCCUUCAACCCUGGCUUCUUCACUUCGUCCUUGUAAAGGAACGUCCGGGACGGCAUUCUCUUCCAAAAGAGGCCAGUUUCAUCCAUAUUAAACUCCUGCUCCGGGAUAUAGCCGCUCUCUUUAUUUAAUUUCGGGAACUCGUCCUCGACGUAAUGAAGAGCUGCCUCUUGGUCUGCCGAGGUGGCCUCCCUAUACAACGGAACGUUGCGAAGGCCAAACCUCCUCUUGAAUUUCUCGAACCAGCCCUUGCUGGCAACAAAACCACGUUUUUGUUGUGGGGCAGGAUCACCUUCAUCGUUGUCAUCACCACCAUCGUCAUCUUCGUUCGAUCCCCCUUCAGGAACGAGACUAUCAUAAAGGGUUUUGGCUUUUGUGCGAAUCAUGUUGGUAUCGAGACUAACCUUCUUUUCCCGACAGUCUGUUAUCCACACUGAUAUUGCAUUCUCCAUUUGCACAAUCUUCUUAUUACGAGGAGUCACAACGCGCUUAGUGUCCUUGGAGAACGUUAUUGAGGCAGUUUUACGGAUGUUUAAUUCGUCUUUUUUUCUGUAGCGAACCGUUGAUUCAUUCAGUCCGUACGUGCGGGCAUGUCCAAUAAUUUCACUUUCUCGUUCACCGUCAUCAUUUUUCUCUUCUUCUUGGGUUCACCAGAGGAUGUAGAGGGUGUAGGACGUUUAGGAGCCAUUUUCAAGGGCGUCACAAGCACUAUUUUGCACAAAAAAAGCACAAAAAAACAGCUAAAACUUUCAUGUGGCAAGAGUAGCGACACGAGCGCGAGAGAACAAUGAAUGCAGUCUUCCUUCACUGGGCGCUCGGCAGGGUGGGAUGCUGGAUGCUGGGUAACGCGUCUCGGCGGCUUGGCCAAUCAGCUUGCGAGAUUUAGGAGCCGAGAUGGCCAGCGAAUCAGAGAGGUGGAUUUUGAGUUACGCGCCAUCUCCGUGUUGAUACCUGAUGUUCUAAUGUACUCUCUCUGCCUUCUGCUAGCGCCCGCACCAUUUUUUCUCAACUUUGAAUUUUUGAUGAAUAUUUUUGAAAAAUCCGCGAUGCACUGAGGGCGCGAAACUUGAGGCGCGAAGUAGCGAGGGAUUACUGUAAUGAUAAUUUUACAGACCAGCAUAAUUACAUGGCAUGUUUAUGCGCUUAAUUAAAGCUUGCAGUAGUAAUAGUUGAAAAUGGAAUAUUUUAAUAUUCUAAAUGUCUUGAGGUGAAUGACAGUUUUCAUCAGUCAUUAAUUUAUUUUGAUAAUGUAAAAAG